CCCCCAGAGCGUCCUCGGGAAGGUGAACGAAAUCGCCAAGCACAAGGCGGCCGUGGAGGAUGCCGACACCCAGAGCAAGGUGCACCAGAUCUACGAGACGGUGCAGCGCUGGGGGCCCAUGGCCAGCACCCUGCCCGACGUGGUGCAGAGGCUGCUGGCCCUCAAGGAGCUGCACGAGCAAGCCAUGCAGUUCGGGCAGCUCCUCACGCACCUGGACACGACGCAGCAGGUCAUGGCUGGUGCCCUCAAGGACAACGCGGCGCUGCUGGCCCAGGUCCAGAAGACCAUGAAGGAAAACCUGGCCGUGGUGGAAGACAACUUCGCUGCCAUCGACGCCCGCGUGAAGCAGCUGGCGAAGUGAGGCCCCCCCCCCGGGGCACCGCCGCCCCCCCCUCGGGCAAACACUACCCCCCGGUACCCGGGCUGUCGCCCCCCCCCGGGACCGCCCCCGCUUGUACAUACCCCGGCCCGGCCCCCAGCGCAGCACGGGGGGGCGGAGGGGCCUGCCCCGGCUGGGGAGCUGCCCCCCCCCGCGCCCCCCCCGCCCCAGGAUUCGCCCAUUAAACAGCCCGGCUCGAAGCCCCCGCGUGUCGCCUCUCCCUGGGGCUGCGGGGGGGGGACGCCAGGGCCCAGCCGCGGGGUUUAAAUACAUCUUUUAAUCAUCGAUACAAAACGCGCGCCCCCCCCCCCCCCCGCGCUGCCCGCUACGCCGCAGCCCCCCCCUUAAAUUAAAUCACCUCGCUCCGUAGAAAAGCUCCGA